AUGCUGGCAGAAGGGAACGCUAAAAAUAAGCCCAUAGUUGGACUGGAUGCAAAGGGGCAGCCUCAGAUUUUGCCAGUCUGCCGGCUACUUGGUGCCAGGGGUCAGAGCACUCGCAGAGACUCUGUGCAGAUCUGGAAGGUGGAGUCCUAUUUGGUGCCGAAACCCGGGAGUGGGUCUCGGACUCGGACGAUCCUCGCCCCGGUCUCCUCUUAUGACCUGGGAAGCAGUGGGCAGUGGCAGCUCGCCCGGGCUAACUCCCAGACUCUGAGGUUCCGGGUCCGAGUCGAUUGGCUGGUCCGGCUCACUUCCCCGGUUUGCCGCCCCGGACCUUGGCCUGGACUUCCCCCGGACUCCAUCUCCAGAUGGAUUGAGGCUUUCCCCUCGCCCUCAGAGACAGCGGAAGUGGUGUCCAGCCACCUCAUCAGGGACAUUAUUCCUCGUUUUGGCCUCCCUACGUCCCUCCAAUCGGAUAACGGACCUGCUUUCAUCUCUAAGGUCACGGAGGCCUUUUCUUCCUCUCUAGGAAUCUCCUGGAAACUUCACUCUGCCUACCACCCUCAGUCAUCGGGUAAGGUAGAAAGGGCUAAUGGCCUAAUAAAGGAACAGUUAACUAAACUUAGCCUCGAGCUUCGCCUCUCGUGGCCCAAGCUCCUCCCACUAUCCCUAGCCAGACUAAGAGCCUCCCCAAGGGGACCCUCACACCUCAGCCCCUUUGAACUCUUGUAUGGACGCCCCUUCCUGCUCUCCUCAUCCCCGCCUCCAUCUACAUCUCCACUGGCCUCCUAUCUUCCCUAUCUCUCUCUACUAAGAGACCUCCUUAGGGAACAUGCCAACUCUGCCCUCCCCGAACCUACCCCGGGAGAUCAGGCCCCGGUCUCCCUCGCCCCGGGAGACCAGGUACUAAUCAAAUCUCUCUCCCCCAAACCACUAACUCCCCGGUGGGAGGGCCCAUACACUGUCAUCUUAACCACACUUUCGGCGGUUAAGGUCCUCGGCAUCACGUCCUGGAUUCACAGUUCCCGCCUCAAGAAACCCAGCUCGGCUCCCUCCCCCUACGAUGGCCCCCCAACAGGAUGGAGGGCCACGCCUACCGGGCCUCUUACCCUGCGCUGCACUCGCAAUCCUGCUCUCCACCUUCCCGAAGCCCCUGCCAUAACACCCCGAAGGACUUCUGGUCCUUUCAGACCCAGGUAACCCCUGCUAGAACCAGGCUCAGCCAGCAGGAAGCAGGAUCGACGGUCAAGGGCACGACCCGGGAGGCAUUAUUCUUUUUGUCAAAACGUUCAUAAAUCCUCGUCCUGUUCUACCUGCUAUACAGAAUGUUCUCUCCCGCCCCACAGCAAAACCUUCCCCUCUGCCUUCCCUAAUAAACACCACCUUCCACCUCCUCUCCAACCUGAACCCCUCCUUCUCGACCUCGUGCUGGAUAUGCCUGUCCCUGACCCAAACUCUGGUUUCUGCAACCCCCCUCCCUAACACGCUCAUAAACAACCUUACUUUCGCCCCAGGCAGGCUUCAACGCACACUGUAUAAUAUAUCCCUCUUUGGCA